GAUUGGAAGGGUGUCCCCCCCGCCGCUCUUGUCCGUGGUGCUGGCCUGUGGCCCGCUCUCUUCCUGGCUCCCGCAGCCGAUCCCUCCAGUGUGUGCCCGACUCCCGCCGAGGCUCCAGAGAACCUUUAAAGGGUCCGCCCGAGCCCCGCUGGUGUGGAAGUCCUCGCUGUGGCCGUUUCCCGCCCUCCUGUCUGUCCUCUCCAGCUCUGCACCGUGCUGGCGCUCAUCUCCAACCGGUUCCGCUCGCUCUUCUGGGAGGAAGAGAUGGAGCUGACCCUCCUGGGGCUGCAGUAAGAAAGACCACCUUCGUUAGUGUCAUUCGCCGGCGACCCGGCGGGCGCCUCCCUCUAGGCCUCCCUCAGGUCCUGCUCUCUGCGCGCUGGCCGGUGGCGUGGGAAGGGGCUGCCCAGGGUCACCUCCCGGGGGCAGAGAUUUUAGCUCCAAGGCUGCAGACCUCACUGGAAGGAUCCAGAGAGACCCUUAAGCUGUGCUAUGGAGACAGUGACCUUUGAGGAUGUGGCUGUGACCUUCACCGUGGAAGAGUGGGCUUUGCUAAAUACAUCUCAAAAGAACCUCUACAGAGAUGUGAUGUGGGAAACAUUUAUGAACAUAGUUGCUACAGGAAAAAUUUUGGAUAAUCAGGAAAUUGAUGAGGCAUACAAAUGUUGCUGGAAAAAUAUAAGAAAUGAAGAAGUAGAGAAAUGCUAUCUAUAUAAAUCUUGGAAUCAAUGUGAAGAAAUAUGCUAUGGGACUCCAGAUAAUAAUGUGAACAUGAAAAAAGCUGAUUUAAAACCCGCUGAAAGCUUUUCUUGUAGAAAGUCCUUUACUGUGCAUUCAUUGCAAAAUGUGCCCAUCAUGGCUCACACCAGACACAAAACAUGUGAAUAUGAGCAAUUUGAAGAGAACCUGUCUAAAUGUAAUGAACCUGAGAAAACCUACAGUGAUUCUCAGUCCUUUCAGAAUCAUGCAAGGAGAAAGGCUGCAGAGAAACCAUAUAAGUAUGAGGAACAUGGGAAAGCCUACUCUGAUCAUUGGGAAAGAACUCACCGUGAUGUGAAGACCUCUGUAUGUAAGAAAACUGUGAAAGUCUCUAGCACAUCACAUGACAUUGAAAUCCGUGAAGGAAGUGACAGUGGAGGGAACCCACAUAUUUAUAAACAAUCUGGGAAAACAUUCAGUACAUGCAAAUAUUGGCAGAGACAUGAAAGAAGUCACACUGGGGAGAAGCCCUAUGUAUGUAAGCAAUGUGGGAAAGCAUUUACUACACAAAAUUAUUGUAAAAUACAUGAAAAUGUUCACACCGGGGAAAAACCCUAUGAAUGUAAGCAAUGUGGGAAAGCAUUCAGUACACACAGGUAUUGUAAAAUACAUGAAAGGAGUCACACUGGGGAGAAACCCUAUGAAUGUAAACAAUGUGGAAAAGCAUUCAGUACUCACACCAACUGUCAAAGACAUGAAAAAUGUCACACUGGAGAGAAACCCUAUUUAUGUAAGCAAUGUGGGAAAACAUUCACUACACACAGUCGUUUUAAAAUACAUGAAAGAAUUCACACUGGGGAGAAACCCUAUGAAUGUAAGCAAUGUGGGAAAUCAUUCAGUACACACAGGUAUUGCAAAAUACACGAAAGAAGCCACAAUGGGGAGAAACCCUAUGAAUGUAAGCAAUGUGGAAAAGCGUUCAAUACUCACAACAAUUGUCAAAGACAUGAAAGAUGUCACACUGGGGAGAAACCCUAUGAAUGUAAGCAAUGUGGGAAAGCAUUCACUACACACAGUCGUAUUAAAAUACAUAAACGAAUUCACACUGGGGAGAAACCCUAUGUAUGUAAACAAUGUGGGAAAGCAUUCAGUACACUCGAAUACUGGAAAAUACAUGAAAGAAUUCACACUGGGGAGAAACCCUACGUAUGUAAACAAUGUGGGAAAGCAUUCAGGACACUUAGCAAUUGUCAAAUACAUGAAAGAAUUCACACUGGAGAGAAACCCUAUGAAUGUAAGCAAUGUGGGAAAGCAUUCACUACGCACAGUCACUGUCAAAGACAUGAAAGAGGUCACACUGGAGAGAAACCCUAUGAAUGUAAGCAAUGUGGGAAAGCAUUCACUACAGUCAGUUAUUGGAAAAUACACAAAACUAUUCAUACUGGGGAGAAGGCUUAUGUAUGUAAGCAAUGUGGGAAAGCAUUCAGUACACACAGGUAUUGUAAAAUACAUGAAAGAAUUCAUACUGGAGAGAAACCCUAUGAAUGUAAGCAAUGUGGGAAAGCAUUCACUACGCACAGUCAUUGUAAAAGACAUGAAAGGAGUCACAACAUGUAGAAACCCUAAGGACAUAAACCAUUUGGGAAAUGAUUUUCUACUAAGUCCUUAUUUUGCAGACAUACAAGAAAUCACAUUGCUACAAAACCCUAUGUAUGUAAGCCAAUGUUAGGAAGUAUUUACUAAUAGCUUUUCACUUUGUAGACCUAAAAGAACUUACACCUGGGAGAAUCCAUAUGUGUUAAACAAUGUGGAAAAGCAUUCAGUACACAUAACUAAAAUCAAAUAUAUAAAAGAAGACUGGGAGAAGCGCUAUAUAAUUAAGACUGUUUUGAAUAUGCUGUGAAAAUUUCUUUUAUAGCAGAGACCCAUAGAAAUAAUAUGAAAAGUUUGGUGUCAAUUUUUUCUUUGUAAAUUUUCCAGUAAACACAUUCCCAGAUGGAGAUAUCCUAAAAAGUGUAAAUAUUGUGUGGUGUGUUUUUCUUGUAAAUUUUUGGAUUAUUUAUCUGUAACCAUUACUAUAAAAAUAAAAAU